AAGAGGUCUUUGGGCGGGAGGAAGAGGAAAAAGGGUCGGCGCCAUCUUGUUUGUUUUAGCGGUUGAAUCAGUGGUGGGAGGAGGGGGAACAAAAAAGUGCAACAGCCGCUAAAAAAGGAAAAGGUAGCAGGAGUUACAUCGGUUUGGCGCCUCCUCUCCCAGGCUGUGAGAAGAAGCUGGGACAAUGUUCUAUGCCCACUUUGUCCUCAGCAAACGUGGGCCGCUGGCCAAAAUAUGGCUAGCGGCCCACUGGGAUAAGAAGCUCACCAAGGCGCAUGUGUUUGAGUGCAACUUGGAGAGCAGCGUGGAGAGCAUCAUCUCUCCUAAGGUGAAAAUGGCAUUACGAACAUCUGGUCACUUGCUUCUUGGUGUGGUCAGAAUCUACCACAGGAAGGCCAAGUACCUGCUAGCUGACUGUAAUGAAGCCUUCAUUAAGAUCAAGAUGGCCUUCCGUCCAGGGGUGGUUGAUCUACCGGAGGAGAACCGUGAGGCUGCCUAUAAUGCUAUCACCUUGCCAGAGGAGUUCCAUGACUUUGAUCAACCACUACCAGAUUUAGAUGACAUUGAUGUUGCACAGCAGUUCACGUUAAAUCAGAGUCGAGUGGAGGAGAUUACCAUGCGGGAGGAGGUGGCGAACCUCACCCUCCUGCAGGAGAAUGACUUCGCUGACUUUGGGAUGGAUGACCGCGAGAUGAUGCGGGAAGAGAGUGCGUUUGAGGUAGACAUCAUCCACGGCGCAUCUGCCUCCAACCUGCUGCUGGAGCCGGAGCCCGGUUCAGGACAGAUGGCGGAGAAGUCCAAUCAUCUGGAGUACGAUGACCAAUACAAAGACGACUUUGGGGACAACCACAUGGAGAGCAGUGAGGGAGGAAUGCUAGUGGACAAGCUUCUCAGCAAUGAGGAUGGGGGAGGCAUUUUUGACGACCCUCCAGCUAUCACCGAGAGUGUGAUGAUGCCCCAAGACCAUGGUGACGAUGAGGAUGACUUUGAUAACCUGUCUCCUGGGGGACCAGACAGUCCUGACUCUGGCCCUGUAGAACCACUGCCCACCAUGACAGACCAGACGGAGCAGACGACACUAGUCCACAACGAGGAGGAGGCCUUUGCCCUGGAACCCAUAGAUAUCACUGUGAAAGAGACAAAGGCCAAGAGGAAGAGGAAGCUAAUUGUGGACAGUGUGAAGGAGCUGGACAGCAAGACCAUCCGUGCACAGCUGAGUGACUACUCCGACAUUGUCACCACACUGGACCUGGCUCCACCCACCAAGAAGCUAAUGAUGUGGAAAGAGACGGGUGGAGUAGAGAAGCUCUUCUCUCUACCAGCACAGCCCCUGUGGAACAGCAGGCUUCUCAAGAUGUUCACACGCUGCUUGACGCCGCUGGUGCCAGAUGAGCUGCGUAAGAGGAAGAAGGGUGGUGAGGCUGACAGCCUGGAUGAGUUCCUGAAGGACCUGGAAAACCCAGAAGUGCCCAGAGAUGAGGUGCUGCCCCAGCAGAGAGACAUCAUUGACCAGACCAUUAUCGAGGAGCCCAGUGUAUUGCAAGCGUCGGCCAUGGAGAGCAGCAGGACCACCCUGGAUGAGUCCAUCAUGCCUCCGCCCUCCGCCCAGCGUGGAGUCAAGCGCAAGGCUCAGGACAGCGAGCCUGCCUUACCUAUGGGCGCAUUGGAGCCCCAGGCUGAGCGCUCUGCCCUGGCACAGCCACAGCUGGACAUGCCUCAGGUGGACCUGCCCCCCGAGGAGGUGUCCAGCCUCAACCAGCUCAUCCCAGAACUGGACCUGCUGGGCGAAAAGGGCAAGGAGAAGGACAAGGAUGAUGACGAGGAGGAGGAGGAAGAAGAAGGUCAGGGUGGAGACCAAGAUCAGGAAGAGAGGCGAUGGAAUAAGAGGACCCAGCAGAUGCUCCACGGCCUUCAGAGGGUGAUGGCGAAAACGGGAGCGGAGUCCAUCAGCCUGCUGGAACUGUGCAGGAACAACAACAAGAAGCAGGCAGCAGCCAAGUUCUACAGCUUCCUGGUACUAAAGAAGCAGCAGGCCAUCGAGCUCAGCCAGUCCGAGCCGUACAGCGAUAUCAUUGCUACCCCUGGACCGCGAUUCCAAAUCGUAUAGACAUGUUCUAUAUAUAUCGUUGAGUGAAUUUACACUGGCAGGUUUUAUUCUUUAAUAUUUUGUUUGUAUAUGAUGUGUUGUUGUUCUGGUUUGUGUUUUUUUUUUUUUUUUUUUAACUAUUUGUGCUGCGAGUCAUAUUGGGGUUAAAUGGACUAAAGGGUAGGUUUUUUAAAAGAUUCAUAGUUCUUGUUCUUUUAUACUGUACCCAAAAGGAGCAUGUAGUAUUGGGAAGCAAUCCUUUCAAUUAUUGAUAACUAAAUUAAUGCAAUUUGCAACCAAGUUGUUUGGAUACAUCAGUGUUUUGUCUUGAAGACAGAUUAAAUUUUGAUCAUUCUGUUUGGCCUGCUUGUUUGUCUUGCAGUGCUCUUCAUUACUCUUUUAGGCUCAACUCAAGAACAAAAGCCAUCAUUUAAGUUUAGAAAAUGUCAGUUUUCAUUUCCAGUACCCGUUGAUGGGGGGAAGAAAUCAUUGCUUCAGUUUAGAUUUUAAAUGAAGUUUAAAUAAUUUUUACUUGUACUACAUUCACUUCACAUUUUAAGAAAAACAUGCUUCAUUUUUGUUCAUUUAAGUGCAGCCCUUAUUUUAAAAAGUCACUUUCCUUGGUGUGAUUGUGACUGUCGGUGCUGAUUUCUUUAAGUUACAUUUGAACAAUUUGACAGAAUUAUGGAAAAUCUUUUUGUACAUCAUACCGCUGAGGUGUUCUCUACUACUCAGCAAGCUUAAGAACUGAAUGGCAAAAUUCUGACAAGCAUGUGAUCGACACUGCUCCAAAAAAAAAAAGUAAAAGAAGUGAAAGGCUUAGUUUUACUGCACAUGUUCUCAGUUCAUUGAAAACUAAAUGCAGAUGCCUGCUGUGUAUACAUAUCUGUCUUUUCAAAGGGGAUGACAAAAAAAAAAACUUUAUUUUUUUUAAGAUUUCAUCUAACCCAGUGCCAUGUCUCCACUGUAAAACAGAGUAAUGUGUUUGUGGUCAUUUGGCUACUUUGACCAGUGAGUGCUGGGCAUCAGAUGUUGGAGUGGGAUCUGUCAGAAUAGAACUGCGGUCAAAUAUUUAAUGCAUAUUAAGCUGUUUUUAAUAUGUAUUUGCUAGAAACUGAAUAGGCAAACAUGCAUCCCCAUUGUAUAUUUUGUUAGUCUGGCCCAUUUUACACUGUUCAGAUCAUGUUGGUUGAGCAUACUUAUUUUAACAAUGUGCCUCUAAUCUUGCAUUAUUCCUUUUGUAUAAAAAGUAAUCUUGUAGAUAUGGCUGAUUUUGAAAGUUCAGUGUGUUAAAAUAAAUGCUGGUAGUUUAAUGUUAUGCUUCUAGUUCAACACUAGUUCUAAACCCUAGCAGCUAUGUUAUGUAUAACUUUUCUAAUCAAACUGUUACUUUUCUGGCUCA